AUGCUGAAAAUCUUAAUAAAAUUUUUACUUCUUCUGAAUGUCCUACAAACAAUGCAAGCGCAUGUAAUUAAAAAUCUGUCACGAAAACCGACCGUGCGUGAAAGUAUUCUUCAUGGAGAUUUGACAACAACGCCAGGUCUUACUGGAAGAAACAACGCUGGUUGUGAUGCGAUCAUCAACAGUUGUGGCCCGAAUGGUGGAUGCUGUGAUGAACAUGACCAGUGUUAUGAAUUAAACAAAUGUACAGCUUUGAGUUGGAUUCCUGGCGUUCAAGGCUUGAAUUGUUGGAAUUGUAAUUGGAAGGUAAUGAAAUGCGUUGUUAUGCUAAAUCCAGGAAUGAGUUCAUGUUGUUCAGCUGGUACCUGUGGACAAGAUGAAACUGUUUUGGAAGCACAAGCAUAG